GCCGUGCUCCUCCGCGCAGGGCGGGUCCCGUCUGGGUUCUGGGGGUGGAGGCACUGAGCUUGGGCCGGCCAAGGCCCUGCACAGCCUGCCCCGGCUUGACUCAGUUCUGGGUGGAGACUUGGACCGAGGCUUGCGGAGAUCCACAGAUUCAGUGGUUUUGGCAAGCCGAAGGCGUGUCCACAUGCUUGAUAUUCUGCAUCUGUACAGACAUUAAACUCUGUACCUGUGUGAUGCCUCAAUCGGGCUCUUACCUCUGUGGCCAUCAUUUAAGUAACUUUGCAGAAUUUGGUGCUUGUCUGUUAAUAAAAUGGGCAUUAGACUAUAAAGAACCCCAAGCUUGGAAAAACUGCUUUUGAGUAACUUCAGAAGCGGCAGCGCGGGCGGGCUGCUCAAGCCAGCAAUUUCAGCUGUACCUGCAGCCUGUCAGUACACAAACAAGCACUUCUUAUGAUGACUCAGUAACUCUUCCACUGCCGGUGUGGUUUUGAGAUUGAAAAAUCCUCUGCUGGCUCACCUAUGCUUAAGGUGGGGUUUGUACCAGUAUAGUUAAAUCAGGCACAAUAACUAGUAUCUCUGUUUUCCUUGCUUCCUCCCCUUACGUGUAUUUCUUCGUUCCAGUCAAACAUCCUGGCGUACCCUGCAGGCUCAUAAUGUAGUCAGGAAGUGGUGUUUGUGCGGGUAUGUUUUCAUUUGCAGCAGUGAAAUAAUAACUGACUGCCUGUGUUUCUGUGUCCCCUGGACCUCAUACCCUCAGGUGGGAGUAUGAGCGAGUUCCGCAUUCACCACGAUGUCAAUGAGUUGCUCAGCCUGCUGCGUGUUCACGGUGGGGAAGGAGCCGAAGUCUACAUUGAUCUUCUGCAGAAGAAUCGAACGCCUUACGUUACCACAACUGUCUCUGCACACAGCGCAAAGGUAAAAAUAGCAGAGUUUUCUCGAACUCCUGAAGAUUUUUUAAAGAAGUACGAUGAGCUGAAGUCUAAAAAUACACGGCAUCUCGACUCUUUAGUUUAUCUACUGUCAAAACUCACAGAAGACAAAGAGACACUCCAAUAUUUGCAACAAAAUGCUAAAGAAAGGGCAGAACUUGCAGCAAAUGCAGCAACCAGUAGCAGCACAAAUUUUUCCAUUCCUUCGUCUACUUCCAAGAUAUCUCUGCAGGAGCUCGAGGAGCUACGCAAGCAGCUGGGCAGUGUCACAGCCAACUCCAGUGUGCCACAGCCUCUUGAGCUUACACGAAAAGUCCUCCGAGAUAAGCAGAACAAGAAGAAUUCUGGUCAGCCCAUUCCAGUAUUUCCAUCCUGGGUGUACGAGAGACCUGCACUUAUUGGCGAUUUCUUAAUUGGCACCAGUUUAAGCACUGACACAACGGUACCUAUAGGUACCUUGCCAUUAGCCUCCCAAGAAUCCAUGAUUGUGGAGGACUUGCUCUACGUUCUGAUUGGUGUGGAUGGAAGAUACAUCACAGCGCAGCCUCUCGUAGGCAGGCAGAACCGAGCGUUUUCAGUCGAUCCAAACUUGGACUUGUCCAUCAAAGAGCUGGUGACCAGGAUUCUUCCUGUAGCAGCAAGUUACUCUGCUGUCACCAGGUUUAUAGAGGAGAAGUCUUCCUUUGAGUAUGGACAGGUAAAUCAUGCUCUGGCUGCUGCUAUGCGGACUCUAAUCAAGGAAUACAUGAUACUAAUUACCCAGCUGGAACAUCUUCAGAGACAGGGACUUCUGUCACUGCAGAAACUCUGGUUUUAUAUCCAGCCCACAAUGAGGACCCUGGAGAUUCUUGCUUCACUCGCUACUUCUGUGGAUAAAGGUGAGUGCAUGGGAGGAUCAACCCUGAGCUUGCUCCAUGACAAGACUUUCAAUUACACGGGGGACAGCCAGGCCCAGGAGCUGUGCCUCUAUUUAACCAAGGCCGCCAGCGUUCCUUAUUUUGAAAUUCUGGAAAAGUGGAUAUAUCGAGGCAUCAUUAAUGAUCCAUACAGUGAGUUCAUGGUGGAGGAACAUGAGCUGCAGAAGGAGAAGAUCCAGGAGGACUAUAAUGACAAGUACUGGGAUCAAAGAUACACUGUUGUUCAGCAACAAAUACCCUCAUUCUUGCAGAAAAUGGCUGACAAAAUACUAAGCACAGGAAAAUAUUUAAAUGUUGUGCGAGAAUGUGGACGUGAUGUUACCUGCCCUGUGGCUAAAGAGGUCAUCUAUACUUUAAAAGAGCGAGCAUAUGUGGAACAAAUAGAAAAAGCGUAUAACUAUGCUAGCAAAGUUCUUCUGGAUUUCCUAAUGGAGGAGAAAGAGUUGGUGGCUCACCUAAGAUCUAUAAAACACUAUUUCCUGAUGGAUCAGGGGGACUUUUUUGUUCACUUCAUGGAUCUCACAGAAGAGGAACUUAAGAAGCCUGUAGACGACAUCAUAACUACGAGGCUAGAGGCUCUGCUUGAAUUAGCCCUGCGAAUGAGCACAGCCAACACAGAUCCCUUCAAGGACGAUUUAAAGAUCGACUUGAUGCCCCAUGACCUCAUUACACAGCUCUUGAGAGUGCUGGCCAUAGAAACGAAGCAGGAGAAGGCCAUUAUCAGUGCAGAUCCCACGGAGCUCACUCUCAGUGGUCUGGAAGCAUUUUCCUUUGACUACAUUGUUAAGUGGCCUCUGUCCCUUAUUAUAAACAGGAAGGCACUGACAAGAUACCAGAUGCUUUUCAGACACAUGUUCUAUUGCAAACAUGUGGAAAGACAGCUGUGCAACGUUUGGAUCAGCAAUAAGACGGCCAAGCAAUUCUCUCUGCAUUCAGCUAAGUGGUUUGCUGGUGCUUUCACACUGCGGCAGCGGAUGCUGAAUUUUGUACAGAAUAUCCAGUAUUACAUGAUGUUUGAAGUGAUGGAGCCAACAUGGCACAUUCUUGAGAAGAACCUGAAGUUGGCAUCUAAUAUUGAUGAUGUCCUGAGCCACCACACAAGCUUCCUGGAUAACUGCUUGAAGGACUGCAUGCUAACCAACCCAGAGCUGCUGAAGAUCUUCUCCAAGCUGAUGUCUGUCUGUGUCAUGUUCACAAACUGCAUGCAGAGGUUCACCCAGAGCAUGAAGCUGGAUAAUGAGAUGGACCGGCUCACCUUAGAGCAUGGCACAAUGCUGGGCCCGCCAACAGAGGAGGAGCGUGCUGAAGAGACUGCGAAGAAGAAGCUGACUAACAAGCUUUUAGCAGAGCAUGCCGACAACCUCCACCUGACAUCUGGCUUCGAAGCAACAAUCAACAAAUUUGAUAGCAAUUUCUCAACACAUCUGCUGGACCUGUUGGACAAACUCAGUGUUUACAGCACCAAUGACUGUGAGCACAGCAUGCUCAACAUCAUCUACAGCAUCUGACAGGGCUGACCAGGAUUCCUGGUAACAACCAUUGCAAACACUGUUUUGUGAAGUAUUCCAGCAGGAGACUGGGUUCCAGUUGUCCUUUACUUCUGAGAACUUCUUGACCAGCAACUACCGUGCAUUUACACAGCUCCUGUCCUCCUGUGUUAGUAUCUGCUGCUGUAUCUGAGAUGUGGUCACACAGCUGAGACCAAGGUUGAACACUAAAGCCUGUCAUCCCUGUUACCAUGGGUGCUUCCAGGAGUGGAGUCUAGCCCACCAGCUAGAGAACUACAUGUCUUUGUCUUCUUCCUUGUACCAUUGUACUCCUUAUUUAAGGAGGACAGGGUAUACUCAUAGGCAUCUGAAAGGAAGUGCAGUGCCACAGGACUGCUUGCUGCUCUGAACUCUCCUGCUUCCAUUCCCUGUCAGAGCAGGAGCCUAUCUUCCUACCACCAGAACUGCCCUUGUUGGUUGAUACUCAGUCCCUGAAAUGGGAAGGUAGGUGAAGACCCCUUCUCCACAGUCCUAGUAACUCUGAUUCACUCCAUUUCUGAAGUGUCAGAGUCAGAGAUCUCCUUCUUAUCUUGGAAACUCUUCCAAAACUUUUUCUGUGGCUGUAAGUAGAGGCCCUGACUGUACAAGUGAUUGCUGUUCCUUUCAGGCCUAACCAGGACAGCUAAGUCUCUGCACAUCCUUUUAGGAAAUGAUGGUGCAGCUGAGCAAGGCAUUCUCUACAUUUUAUGUCAGCCUUCAUCUGCCUGGGCAUCUCUGUUCAUCAUCAUUGAACUGUUGUAGAUUGCAGGCAGGGUCCCUCUGUAGAAAAAUUGACAGGCCGAAGGUAUUAAGCUCUUAGGGUCCCCUUGCUGCCAUCACCCCUAGGUGUCACAGCAGCAUACAGAGUUAGGCUAAAUUCAGGGAUCAAGACCACAAGCAGUUGAGUCAUCCAGGCAAGAACAUUUGCUCCUCCUCAGUGCUCCAGCCCUGCCGCCUUCUUUAUCAAGCACGCACAUUUUUAUCAUUACCAGUACAAAUUCUAACAGAUGGGCUUUUUUAUGAUGCUCCAUCCAAGAGAUCUUAAUGGCAACUAACUCCAUGAUCCAGCUGCUUGGACAUCAUUCCAGGUGGCACAGGGCAUGGCCAACACAGUGUUGAAGACCAAGUUGCCUGCUCCUUUAAUAGAAAAGCAUCAUAACCGCACAGUCCUUGAGUCUUGUAAAAAAUGUGUGGAAAUCGUCCCAUUGGUGUGAUCACCCAGCUCAAUCCAAGGUUGGAGUUGGUUCUCAGGUUACUCAAGAAGUCAACAACGUCAAGUCCUCUACCAGUCUUUACGCCAUGCAGCAGCAGAAGUCCCAUGGCCUUCCAUCACACUUUAUCACAUGUGAUGCCAGACAUUCAUGUAAGGCCUUUUCUGGCAAUAGCUCAGGUGGUGGCCUCCUUCCAGCACUGCUCCUACACUUACCAUCAGAGGUUCACCCCUUUUAUCGCCUCCCCACCCUUGUGUCAACUUUAUGCUUCUACCAGGACGGUGGGACAAACUGAUGCUGCACCAUGGAGACUGGCUGUGUAUCUUGUUCAGUUGUGGGUCCAUGGUGCUAUGGAGCACGGUGCCAUGGUGCAUGGAGCUAUCUUCUACCAGAUGCCUUUGUGUUUCACAGACCACAUGCAGGGUUAGCUGGUGCUGGAGCUGGCUCUUCCAAAUAUGGAGGGGUUGGGUUUUGCAGUGAGUACUUCCUGCAUCAGGAGAAAGGGGAAGUAUGGUGAUUCAGGCAGGUUGUGAGAAAACAAAAUGUUUCAGUUAGCAGUUUGCAACCGAGAGUGGUGACCAGCUAUUCAGAAGAGGGUCUGAGUCCUUUGCCCCCUGGUAUUUCCAUGCCCCAGUUCUGUUCAAGGGCUGCAGAGGAAACACUGGGUCUUUAUGCCAUCAGGACUGGCAUCACCAUCGAGUCCCCCAGUUUCGACUGUCUGGGACCACAUGAGUCUUCACCAAGAUGUUGGACGUAGCUGGACCUUUACUGACAAACCAGAUGUCCCCACUUCCUUGACUGAAAUACUGCAUGCUAGCAGGCCAUGCAACAGAACAUGUCUUCCCAUUCCUACAGGCUGCUCGGUAACGUUUUAAAGAGUGGAAGUCCCACGGUGAGUGCCCAGACGUGACAUUUAGCUCUCAUUCAGUCUGUAGAGAUUAUUGGAUCGAGUCCCGGACUCUAUGGCAACAGGAACCCAAGAACUGGAGCGGAGACAGUUGCCAUCUGAAAUAACAUAUUUGACAGAGACGGAAGAGUUUAUAAGACAUACCGGUCUUUUCUUAAAAAUUAUAACCUUUUUAUAUGACUUCUUUUCAAGCAUGAUAGUCAACAGGUACGAUAGAAGACAAACCAUCCCUUUUAUUCGUAACUCUGGUUCCGUGCUUUCAUUUAUGUGAUCCUGGUUAAUAUUUAUUCAGUUUACAGUACUGAGUAACUGGGGAACAAUCAUGGUAUUUGUAGCACCAAACAACAAAAGACAGAGAUCCAGAGGGUUUCCUUCAACAUGGGGAAGCUCACACGUAACUCGCAGAUCUUCAGUGUGCUGAAGUCCUGCUCAGGUGCCUUGGCUCCAUCACUAGCAGUGCUGACAGAGGGGCGGCAACCGCAGAAAAUCUCCAGAAUCAGCCCUUCGCAUCCCAGUAAUGAAAAGGAGAAGAAUUACAGCUUAGAGGCCUACGUCAAAAGGAUUACUUAAUUCCAAAUACGUAGAAAUCUUACCCAUCAAGUGCUGUUAACACUCAUCGGAUAUCCUUCCUUUAUCAGUUUGGAGGAAACAGCAAUGACCGAGCUUUAGAGUAAGACCGGUAGGACAUAUGAAGUGAUGCAAACCCCAGUGAAUAACAGUUCCAGCCACAAAACAAGAAACUGAAGCGUAAGCAGAGUUUGAGGAAGCACCACACAAGUACUUCAGAGAUGGUUAUCGAAGAUCAUUUAACCCUAAAAACAUAGCUGAAAGGGAAGCACAUUGAAAUCUGCAAAGCAGAUCCUCAAAGCGGGGAUGUGGAGGAGUCCUGGCUUGUAUUUGAAUCAAAGCUUGGUAAAUAUGCCUGCCCCAGUGUCAGGCUUCCUUUGUACAACACUUAAAGGACGGGAGGAAUAAAAGCUUUUCAACCAGGAGAGAGCAACAGAUAAAUUCCAUCUGUCGAGGCUCUGUUUUCUGCAGUCACCAAAAAAUGUCAAGGAACAAUUUGUUGCCGUUUGUGUAAGGUUGUUAAGCAACAUGAAGCUCAAAUAUUGUGCCCAUUCAUUUAGUAUUGGAGCAACUUAAUUUGAGAAAUGGAGAGAGUAACUUUUGUGUGAUUCACAGGCUUAUACUGACUGUUGCUUAGCGUUCCCAGGACACACGUUUUUAAUGCCACAUCUUAGUUGGCUGUCUAGUGCAGAGAUCUGCCUAAGGAAGGCCAAAGCAGGCAUGGAGCGGGGUGGUUUUGUGGCGUUGUUUUGGAUUACGAAGGAGACGGGAUUGUGAUAUUGCUGAUGUUGCCCGCUUUGGAGAGGCAUUCACAAGCAUCAGCAGUACUUGUGAUUUUGGCUGAGCGCCUUCCAACCAGUUACUUAUCUUCUUGAAUCGUGAAUCUAUUUGAAGCAUAUUCGUGUUAGCAAGGAGGUAGUGGUAAUGGAAACUGCAACUUUUCAUGGUGGUUAUGGUGGAUAGCAUGGUGGAUUACAUAUGGGAAUUAAUACUGGAGUUCAGUGGUUGUGAACUGUGGUAUUAAACCGUGGUGGGAAGUGGCCAGGAAGGUGCAGAGAUGGAGGAGUCCUCACCCUUGACACCUUGUCCCCAAGUGACAUGUCUCCAGGGUUGUGUGGUCAAGCUGUGGCUCUGGAGAAGAAGCUAUGAGCAAUUGGUCCUUCCCAAUGUAUUUUGGUCCUUCACGAUGUAUUUUAUACACCUGUAAAGAACAGGUGAAAUUUAGCCUGUUGUCAAGGGACAAGCACAGAAGAAGUGUCACCAACAACACCCGUGGCACAGUGCAGACAUCCCCAUCUCACUCUGAACAAGCCACUGUGUCCACCCAGCCCGGGGCAGUCCCAUGCAGGGGUGGCAGGUCUGGAGCUCGCUGCGGUGUGGCCAUGUUCAGCUGAUGCCCCAGGAGAGGUUUCUCCUCCGGGGCCGUGGUUGGGUAAGGGCAAGGCUAUGCUCAGCAGGGUGGGCACGGGGAGCGCGGCCGCUUGAGAGGUCUGUGCUGCGGAGCAGAGCCCCUUGCUGCCCAAGCAAGCACCCUCCCCUUCUCCCCACCGCGAGACUUGCUUUGCUUCACACUCCUCAUUUCAAAGAACUUUGUCCUAAAAUUCGUCUGGCCUUAUGAAGGAGUUUAUGUCGUUGGAUCCCCUUGCUGCCCGUGAGUGCCUCAACAAGCACGUGCUCUGCGGCACUUGCAGCACCGGGCUCUCGGGGGCCCUGGGCAGCGUGUUUGGCUUGCUGCGUGCCACUCAAGUGGUGUUGAGCCGGCAGGCUGCUGAAA